UCGACGAUUUCCCCCAACAUUUUUCUCUUCCUUCGUCUUCGUCGGCUUCUUUCUGUUUCCUCCUCUGUUCGAGGUCUCUCAUGGACUCUUUGCUAGCCAACUACGCUUCUUCAGACGAAGAAGCAGAACAACAUCAACAAGAGGCAAAACAACAGCAAAAGGGCCUAUCUCUCCCUAAACCCACCUCAAAAUCUACAAGCAAUGCCUCAGAUUCUGCCUCCAAAACCCCCUUCUUCUCUUCUCUUCCUCAACCUAAGUCCUCCAUCUUUUCUUCUCUUCCAGCUCCAACCUCCAAAUCACAAACCCUCACAGACCCACCUUCUUCUCACCCUAAACCCAAAAGGGUCGUUCAGUUCAGGCCCCCAAUUCCGCAAUCUGUGCUCAAGUCUCGGGAUGAGGAGGACGAAGACGAGGAUGAAGAGAGAGAGCGAAAACGCCGCAAUCAGUCUGUGACUCAAACCCCAUCUGUCAGUUCCUGGUUAUCGGCCAUUCCGGCGCCCAAACACUCGCAGGCAACGUUGGGUGCGAUCCCUUCUUCAGGUUCGGGUCGAAGAUCGAUUGUUGAGGUGGGUAUUGAUGUGCCUGAAACGAAUUCGGAAAAAGAAACCGGUGUUGGUCGAACUGUAGGGAAUUCGGAGAGCAAUUGGGCUGAUGGGUCCUCGGGUGCUUAUCAAACUGUGGAGAAUUUUGAGAGCAAUUGGGUUGAUGGGUCGUCUUCGGCUUCAUUGGAACAAAGUUCGAAUUGGUCUGGAGGUGCGGAGAGUCAGCAGGUGUAUGAAGGUUAUGGUAGUUAUGGGAAUUAUGGUGGUUAUGGACAUUAUGAGAACAACUGGGGUGAUGGGUCUGCGGCAGCACUGCCAGAGGCGGCAGGGACAGAAAGUGCAGUGAGGGUGCCGGGAAAGAGAGGGAGGAAUGAGGUUCCAGUGGAGAUUGUUGAGGUGAAGCAAGAUGAGUUGAUUAAGAAUAGGCCAAGGGAGGACCAAGUCAAGUUAACUGGAAUUGCUUUUGGUCCUUCUUACCAGCCUGUUUCAACGAAGGGGAAGCCUACAAAGCUGCACAAAAGGAAACACCAGAUUGGUUCUUUAUACUUUGAUAUGAAGCAGAAGGAGAUGGAACUUUCAGAACGGCGAGCAAAAGGCUUCCUUACUAAAGCUGAAACUCAAGCCAAGUAUGGAUGGUGAUUUUGAGAAGACGUUUUUCCUUUUUCUUUUCUUUCCUUUUCUCUUUACCUGUUAUAUCUUGAAUUGGCGUUUGGAACAUUAGAUGUCACAAAAGUUUGCUUCAGGAUGUAACUAAUUUACCUGAAUUUCAAAGUUGUUUCAAUUCUUGGGAGCUGUACAUAUGGCUGGCAGUAUUAAAUCCUUGAUUAUUUAUCUAUCAGAAAAAAAAAAAUAUAUGGCUGGCAGUAAUUCCCUUCAA